CAGCGCUGGCGGGGGGGCUGGGGCGGAGUCCCCCCCCUAGUUUGGCGGAAAGUGAGUGAUGAGUCUGUGUCCCUAGCAAAGAGGCAAAGAACUUGCUGUGCAGCCUGAGUAGUUGUUUCUUUCGAUUGUUGUUGUGGCUUUUUUUUUUUUAAUUGCGCUGCUCGGGGUGGGCUUGUCUGAGGGGGGGCUGGUUUGUGGCCGCGGAGAAAAAACCACCCCCCCCCCGAGCCAACGGAACAAAAACAAAAGAAACUUCGCCGGGCUCCGAAAGUGGCAGCAAAGUGCUGGGCAAGUUGCAGGGAUGGAGCUACAGAGCUUGCAAGAGGCGUUAAAAGUGGAAAUCCAGUGUCACCAGAAACUAGUUGCACAGAUGAAGCAAGAUCCACAGAACGGUGAUCUUAAGAAACAAAUCCAUGAAAGGCAAUCAAGAAUAGCAGCUCUUAAUGAAAAACAAAAGCUGGCGGUGCGGAGCUGCCCUGCAGCGGUGCUGGUGGGAAGCGGGGGCAGCGGAAACACCAAGCCCGGCGGUGGGGUCCCCGCGCUUCUCAAAGCGUGCGGCGGCGGCGGCGGCAGCCAGAGUCAGAGCCUGGCCAUCUCCGUCCUGCCGGCCAAGGCUCCCAUCGCGAUGGUGACCGCGCACCUCAACGGGGGGCUGGGCUGCAGCGCGGCCGGCGUGGAGCCCCCGCAGAGCGCCCCCAUCAACCUGCAGACCACGGCCAAGCUGGUGACCCCGCGGAGAGCGCCCGAGCUUGGUUCCCGCUCCCAGGCUUUGGGAACUAUCACUGCAGUGCCCAUUAAAGUUCCUCAGGUCAGCUCCUUGCAGAGGUUGGCAGGACAAGGACCAGCAGUGCUACCUCAGGUUAGGCCAAAGACCCUGAUUCCAGACAGCCUUCCUAUUUCCCCAUGCAGAGACCAACCUUCCAAACAGCCUCCUACUUUCCAAAAGGCAACAGUAGUGAGCAUCAAAAACCCUAGCCCUGCCCUCCCCACUGCCAAUAAUACUGUCAGCCAUAUACAGACGCCUAACAGCCAGUCACAAAGUGUGGUCGAGUCUACAUCUAUCUCAUCACCUCUGAGCAGUGCAGGUGUGGCCUAUGCUAUUAUAUCCACCUCCUCCAACAAUGCAACUCCUAUCAGCACGAGCGCUACCGUCUCUGUGGUCAACGAUAGCAUUAAAGUGCAACCACUCCUCAUUAGUGCCGACAGCAAGGUUAUCAUCAUUCAGCCUCAAGUCCAGACCCAGACAGAAAAUAAAGUGGAAACAAAGAAACCUCCUGAAGAGUCACCUCAGGGACCCCCUGCUACCAAAAAGAAAAAGGAGGAAAAUCCAGAGAAAAUUGCCUUUAUGGUAGCAUUAGGCCUGGUUACAACAGAACACUUGGAAGAAAUCCAGAGCAAGCGUCAGGAAAGAAAGAGAAGAAGCACAGCAAAUCCAGCCUAUAGCGGACUCUUGGAAACUGAGCGGAAACGCCUGGCAUCAAAUUAUUUGAAUAACCCCUUGUUCCUUUCAGCAAGAGCAAAUGAGGAUCCAUGUUGGAAGAAUGAAAUUCACCACGAUGAACACUGUACAGCAUGUAAGCGUGGCAUUAACUUGCAACCAUGUGGGACAUGUCCAAGAGCAUAUCAUCUCAAUUGCUUGGAUCCUCCUCUGAAAACUGUCCCCAAAGGGGUUUGGGCCUGCCCAAAAUGCCAACAAAAGGUAUUAAAGAAAGAUGAAAAUGUGCCAUGGACUGGAACUCUGGCUAUUGUUCAUUCCUAUGUUACUCAUAAAACAGUCAAAGAAGAAGAGAAGAGAAAAUUAUUAAAGAAAGGCAGCGAGCUGAAGAGUGAACAUAGACAGUUGGAAGAGAAAGAGAGACUUCUCAACAGUGCGGUUAAAAAAUGCUUAGAGCUAAAAAACAGCCUGUUAGCCCAGCAGAAAGGGACUCAGUCAUCACUGGAACGUCUCAAAACUCUCAUUAGACUGAUACAAAAUGAGCAGAUGAUUCAGGUUACCAUGACGACAACCACCACCUCCUCCCUGCUAACUGUCCCCUGGAUCAAACCCUCAUCUGCCUCUGCUGCCAUGCACAAAGCCUUGCAGCAAUCACAGGACAAAUUAAAAAAAGGAAAACAUGGAAGGUUGAACAUGUGAAGAAUUUCUGAAGACGUGUCUUGGACUGUUAAAAGUAGUUAUUUUGAAAAGGGGACUGUCCAGUGGAUAGUGUGCAUAGAAAAAAAGUGUUUGUCUUAAAUAUGCCAAUGUAGUUUUACUUCUUUAUGAUGCAUUAAACUUGACUGACAAUUUAA